AUGGAAGUGGCAUGUGGAGAACACGGAGAAUGCGUGCACAAAUUAGUCAUGGCAGUAAAUAACGGUAGAUGUGCUAAUUAUCAGCAACAUCAAGCUACGAUAAAUGCAGUGCAAACUGUAUCGAAUGAUAUCGCAAAAGAAUCGCCGCAACAAGAAACAAAAUCUGAAUCUGCUUUAAUACCAAACGGUGUGACAAAACAACCGAAUGGCGGGACAGUAAUCAACAUACCAAUUUCUUGUACGACUUCUUUGUUGGACAGUGCGGAGAGUAUAGAACAAAAAGUUGGCUUUCCAACGAAUAGUUGUACCCAAUUUUGGAUCCUUCUUAAAAGAAUAUUCUUGUCGCAAAUAAGAGACAUGACAUUAACGAGAGUAAGGCUGAUUUCCCAUAUAAUCGUUGGAUUCCUCAUUGGUGCAAUUUAUUACGACAUCGGCAAUGAGGCCUCAAAGGUAAUGAGUAAUGCCGGUUGCGUCUUCUUUACGGUGAUGUUUCUCAUGUUCACUGCUAUGAUGCCUACGAUUCUUACGUUUCCGACAGAAAUGGCUGUAUUCGUGAGAGAACAUUUAAAUUACUGGUAUUCUGUGAAAGCUUAUUAUCUUGCGAGAACUUUAGCCGAUGUACCCUUUCAAAUAGUGUAUUCUAUAGCAUACGUCAUUAUCGUAUACUUCAUGACGUCGCAACCAUUGGAAACAAAUAGAUUCAUGAUGUAUUUAACUAUAUGUAUAUUAACAGCGUUAGUUUCGCAAUCCAUUGGUUUAGUAAUAGGUGCAGCGAUGAGUGUAGAGAGUGGAGUAUUUAUUGGCCCUGUAUCGUCAGUGCCCAUCAUUCUGUUCUCCGGUUUCUUCGUCAAUUUUGAUGCCAUUCCAAAAUAUCUCAAGUUUCUUUCAUACGUGAGUUAUGUCAGGUACAGCUUUGAAGGUGCCAUGAUUUCUGUAUAUGGUUAUAAUCGUGCUAAGCUCAAGUGUUCUGACGCUUACUGCCACUUCAAGAGCCCGACGAAGUUCCUGGAAGAAAUGUCGAUGCAAAACGCUGUCUUCUGGCUAGACGCCGUUGCGUUGGCAGGUUUUUUGCUUACCUUGAGAGUGAUCGCCUACUUUGUACUGAGACUGAAGUUACGAUCUCUUCGUUAA